AUGGCGGCGUCUCGUCGCACUUCCCAGCAACAACAAAAUUUGUCAUCUCCUCCAAGAAUUGCUUCAAAUGCGCUUACUCCUCCAGGGUCUCCACCUGUGAGUACAGGUUCCUCAGUAUCAGCUCCGGCGGGGACCGAUCAGGACAACAACGGUGAUCCUGAAACAACUCCGACGUCCCCCGAUCUCCCCGCACCCCUAAGCAGUAGCAGUAGCAGUAGCAACAGCUCAACAACAACCGGCGGGGGCAGCAGUAGUGGCUCCACUCCCGACUCUGGCAGCAACAGUCCUGGGGGCGGUGGCUGCGUGACUAGUGGGGCCUUUCGGGAGCUUUUUGAGGCCUGCAGAAAUGGGGACGUAUCAAGGGUGAAAAGGCUGGUGGAUUCGGUCAAUGUGAACGCUAAAGACAUGGCGGGGCGCAAAUCCACCCCACUUCACUUCGCUGCAGGAUUUGGGAGGAAAGAUGUUGUUGAGCAUCUUCUGCAGACCGGAGCAAAUGUUCACGCUCGAGAUGAUGGUGGUUUAAUCCCUCUCCAUAAUGCCUGCUCAUUCGGUCAUGCUGAAGUUGUCAGCCUACUCUUAUGCCAGGGAGCGGAUCCUAAUGCUCGAGACAACUGGAACUACACGCCGCUGCAUGAAGCUGCCAUAAAGGGCAAGAUUGAUGUGUGCAUCGUUCUGCUUCAACACGGAGCCGAUCCCAACAUCCGUAACACAGAUGGAAAGUCCGCCCUGGACCUGGCUGACCCGUCUGCCAAAGCCGUCCUCACCGGUGAAUACAAGAAGGACGAACUCCUGGAAGCUGCGAGGAGCGGAAAUGAAGAGAAGCUUAUGGCACUGCUUACUCCGUUAAACGUCAACUGCCACGCAAGCGACGGCCGCAAGUCUACCCCACUGCACCUGGCCGCAGGGUACAACAGAGUCCGCAUUGUUCAGCUGCUCCUACAGCAUGGAGCCGACGUACACGCAAAGGACAAGGGCGGCCUUGUUCCUCUCCAUAAUGCUUGUUCGUAUGGUCACUAUGAGGUCACAGAACUACUGUUGAAGCAUGGGGCUUGUGUGAAUGCCAUGGACCUUUGGCAGUUCACGCCGUUACACGAGGCCGCGUCUAAGAACCGCGUAGAAGUGUGUUCCCUGCUGCUGAGCCAUGGCGCGGACCCCACGCUUGUCAACUGUCACGGGAAGAGUGCUGUGGACAUGGCCCCUACUCCGGAGCUCAAAGAGAGGCUGACGUAUGAGUUUAAAGGCCAUUCUCUGCUCCAGGCUGCACGUGAGGCGGACAUGGCCAAGGUGAAGAAGACCCUUGCUCUGGAGAUCAUCAACUUUAAACAUCCCCAGACUCAUGAGACGGCCCUGCAUUGCGCAGUUGCCUCACCCCAUCCAAAGCGGAAACAAGUCACGGAGCUGUUGUUACGGAAAGGUGCCAACGUCAAUGAGAAGAACAAAGAUUUCAUGACUCCUCUCCACGUGGCGGCAGAGAGGGCACACAAUGACAUCAUGGAGGUGCUGCAGAAACACGGGGCCAAGAUGAAUGCUGUGGACACGCUGGGUCAGACUGCACUGCACAGGGCAGCCCUGGCUGGUCACCUCCAGACGUGCAGGCUGUUGUUAAGCUAUGGAGCCGACCCAGCUAUCGUCUCCCUACAGGGGUUCACUGCUGCCCAGAUGGGCAAUGAGGCUGUACAGCAGAUUCUAAACGAAAACAUUCCUGUGAGGAACUCAGAUGUUGAUUACCGUCUUCUGGAGGCAGCUAAAGCUGGCGACCUAGACACUGUGAAGCAACUGUGCUCUCCUCAGAAUGUGAACUGUAGGGAUCUGGAGGGACGUCAUUCAACGCCGCUGCACUUUGCUGCUGGCUACAACCGCGUGUCUGUGGUGGAAUACUUACUGCACCAUGGAGCAGAUGUACACGCCAAAGACAAAGGAGGUCUGGUCCCCCUACACAACGCCUGUUCGUACGGUCAUUACGAGGUGGCAGAGCUGCUUGUCAGACACGGGGCGUCGGUCAACGUCGCCGACCUCUGGAAGUUCACCCCGCUCCACGAGGCGGCGGCCAAGGGCAAAUACGAGAUCUGCAAGUUGCUACUGAAGCACGGAGCGGAUCCGACCAAGAAGAACCGUGAUGGCAACACACCCCUGGACAUGGUGAAGGAAGGCGACACAGACAUCCAGGACCUGCUGAGAGGGGACGCUGCUUUGCUGGACGCUGCUAAGAAAGGCUGCCUGGCCCGCGUGCAGAAACUCUGCAGCCCCGAAAACAUUAACUGUAGAGACACGCAAGGCCGCAAUUCCACGCCCCUGCACCUGGCAGCUGGCUAUAAUAAUUUGGAGGUGGCGGAGUACCUUCUGGAGCACGGAGCAGAUGUCAACGCACAGGACAAGGGCGGCCUCAUCCCCCUACAUAACGCCGCGUCGUAUGGGCACGUUGACAUCGCCGCUCUCCUCAUCAAAUACAACACCUGCGUGAACGCUACAGACAAAUGGGCCUUCACGCCGCUUCACGAAGCCGCACAGAAAGGUCGCACGCAGCUCUGCGCUCUCCUAUUGGCCCAUGGCGCUGACCCCACCAUGAAAAACCAAGAGGGCCAGACGCCUCUGGACCUGGCCACGGCCGAUGACAUCAGAGCUCUGCUAAUCGAUGCCAUGCCUCCUGACGCUCUGCCCAGUUGUUUCAAGCCUCAAGCCACGGUCGUGAGCGCUUCGGUCAUCUCCCCUGCCUCUACACCGUCCUGCCUGUCAGCCGCCAGCAGCGUUGACAACCUGGCAGGCCCCCUGACGGAGCUCACCGUGCCUGGGGCUUCGGGACCAGCGGACGGGGCCACUGGCUCUGAGAGGAAGGAAGGAGAGAGUGAGUAUCCAAUUUUGGACAUGAACAUCAGUCAGUUCCUCAAGAGUUUGGGAUUGGAGCAUUUAAGGGAUAUCUUCGAGAGGGAACAGAUUACUCUGGAUGUGCUUGCCGACAUGGGACACGAGGAGCUGAAGGAGAUCGGCAUCAACGCUUACGGGCACAGACACAAGCUCAUUAAAGGCAUUGAGAGACUGCUGGGCGGUCAGCAAGGUGCCAAUCCAUACCUGACAUUCCACUGUGCCAGCCAGGGCACGGUCCUCAUCGACCUGGCCCCUGACGAUAAGGAGUUUCAGUCAGUGGAGGAAGAGCUCCAGAGCACCAUCCGCGAGCACAGGGACGGAGGGAACGCGGGGGGCGUGUUCAGCAGGUACAACAUCAUAAAGAUCCAGAAAGUGGUGAACAAGAAGCUGAGGGAGAGAUACGCACACAGGCAGAAGGAGAUCGCCGACGAAAACCACAACCACCACAACGAGCGCAUGCUCUUUCAUGGGUCUCCGUUCAUAAACGCCAUCAUCCACAAAGGCUUUGACGAGAGGCACGCCUACAUCGGCGGGAUGUUUGGAGCGGGAAUCUACUUUGCGGAGAACUCGUCAAAAAGCAACCAGUACGUGUACGGCAUCGGAGGAGGGACAGGCUGCCCCACCCACAAAGAUCGCUCCUGUUACAUCUGUCACAGGCAGAUGCUGUUCUGUCGGGUCACCCUGGGGAAGUCCUUCCUGCAGUUCAGUGCUAUGAAGAUGGCCCACGCUCCACCGGGUCACCACUCCGUCAUCGGUCGACCCAGCGUGAACGGACUCGCCUACGCCGAGUAUGUGAUCUACAGAGGCGAACAGGCUUACCCAGAAUACCUUAUCACGUAUCAGAUCCUGAAACCAGAGACCACACCUCAGCCUCCCGCAGCAGCAGAGCAGAAGUCCUAGUCCAGCCUAAGUUCCUCAGACAACCUACCAUGGUCCAGGAGGGCCACACAGACUGUUACGUGACACUUCACACACGUUCUGGCCUGAGCCGCCAACCUGGUCUCCCACCCUCCCUCCUCUUCUCUUGUUAACUUGAGUUUCACUUUGCAUUAUAAAUGUUCUCAGUCAUUAACACGUACAAACAACACGCACACACACAGAUUUCGUUCAUUUCUUAGUUUUCACCUCUCCCUCAAGUGUUUACAUGAAAGUGUUGCCUUCAGUAGCCAUGUCCCUGGCCUAACCUGCCCUUAUUACUCUGCUGGCUUUUGACUGGCAGAUGUCUGGAGCAAUGAGGUGAGGCACUGGGAGGAGUCAGGGCGG